AUGGCAAGAUAUAGUCAUUUACGGCAAGUGAAAGAAAUUGAAAAUUGGCAAAAUGUUGUGUUUUCUGAUGAUAAAUGGCUUAAUGCUAACCAUACUGUAAACCGUUCUUGGACCGAUAAAACUACAGCCUCUACAACCAAAGUUCCUGUUGGGAAAGGAUCGCGACUUAUAAUUUGUCACGCGGGAACCAUCAACGAGUUUGUCGAAGGUUCUGGAGGCACUGGAGAUUAUCAUGAAGAAAUGAAUGGAAAAGAGUUUACUGAAUGGUUUACCUCAAUGUUGUGUAGCUUCCCUGAACCAUCUAUUAUAAUUAUGGAUAACGUCCCAUACCACUCGAUGCAAAUUGACAAGCCACCUGCCCAAUCCCAAGAAGAAGCUGACAUGGUCGCAUGGCCUCAAAAAAAUGGCGUAGAUGCAAACAUAAAUAUGUUAAAAGCGGAAUUAGUACGUCUUUUAAAAGAAAACCAACCAACCACGAUCCGAUACUUCAUUGACAUAAUAGCGUUAGAACAUGGGCACAGAGAUAUACGGUUACCGCCUUACCAUUGUGGAUAUAAUGCAAUUGAGUUGAUGUGGGCUCAAAUUAAGGGAUAUGCUGCAAGACGCAAUACAGAACCCCCAUUUACCACAUCAAAAAUGCUAAAAAUAUUAGAAGAAGCUUGUAAACAUGUGACUAAAGGAGUCUGGGAAAAGAUUUUUUUUAUGGAAUAG